UCACCAUCUUCUGUGAAGUCAGACUAACAGUCUGUAGACGUCUGAUAAAUGGCGUUAUUCAUACCUGUUUUGGCUUGUCAUCUGUUUUUGGUCAUCCUCCUUUUCGACACCGUCCAAUACAUCGAAGCCCAAGGUCAUUACCAAGAUCCAAAACCAGACAUUACAGUACAAUUUGAUGAGGACUUCACCAUCUUCUGUUUGAUUCCUGGAUCCGUCAGUCCUGACACCACCUGUAACCUGUAUGUUGGAGAGGAGAGUCAGCCAUCCUUCACAGCAAAGAUCUGGAAAGAAAAAAGCAAAGGUUCCAAACAGUGGUUCUGUAGAUUCACUGUAACUGAGAGUGACCUGGUCAGUCGUCUUCAGUCAGUGAGGAGUAAGGAGGUGAGCUGUGAUUACAGAGUGAACUCAGGACCAAACUCUCUCUCUCCACGCAGUGAUGGGUACAGCUUUACACAUCUGGUGGGAGUUCACAUCAGUGAUCCAACAACUACACAGACACCUUCUGUAGCAGAAACCUUACUUGUCAUUCUGAAUCCUCAUUCUACUGAAUCAACUGCACCACUCAUCAUAACCUCUGAGAUCUCUACAGGAAACACCACUGACCCCACACUGACUCCAAUGGGGAAAGUGCCACUUGAUUUCCUGUGGCGUCACAUCCUCACUGUGUUGGUUCUACUGGCUACCUGUGGAGUAAUUAUACACUAUGUCAUCUCCCAUCAAUGCCCUGAAGGUCAGUUUACAUGUCAAUCACUUCCUAUAAGCCAGUAGGAAAUAGUAAUGUGUAGAUUGUAAUGUAUGAUGAUUUGGGCUGUAGCAAGGCUAAGUAAAAUAGUAAAUCAAUGUGAUUU